CGAACCACUGAAAGAGCCUUGCGCAGUCUAGCUGCAUCCAGCCAGAUACUAGUAGAACCCGAAACAUUUGUUUUUACAAGUUCUGUCGUAUUUCGGUUGCAGGUUUUCACUAAAUACCAAACUACGAAGUAAAGACUACGAUCGGGGAUAGGGCUGAGAGGAAUGAUCAAUGUCCUAUGCCGUAUGGUGGCGCGUCGAACGAACUUUCUGAAAGCCAUUAUUUUUCCUCGUUUGCUUACUGAUUUGGGUCUUCACACACCGUAAACUUGCAAAUUUCAUAGAAUCGUGAAACGCUGUUUCCUAAAACUAGCAGCCCUAAAAAGAGCGGUAAUAAUCAAUAUCGUCAAUUCGUCAUAGACAUAGACUAAGAGGUGAUACUGGCGAGGAAACAUGUUAUUGAAAUGCCUCAAUGUGUAGUUAUUGGCUGCAUAAAUGGUCCCAAGAAAAAAGCCGGGCUAGCUUCGCAGAAUAACGUUGUCGAAAAGAAAAGUAAAGUCUCAUUAUUUGGUAAACCAAGUGAUCCAAGUGUCUCAAACAUAUGGGCAUACAACAUUCCUAAAGAAGACGGAGCGGUUUUACCAAACCGUUACUCUGUUUGUCAUGAACACUUUGAUGAAGCUCAGAUAAUCAAAGAUGAUGUUACAAUCAUCAAUGGGGAGGAAAUUAAAUUGCAGAGGAAAAAUUGGAAAUUAAAAGUGGGUGCUGUACCAACAAUUUUCAAAGGAACCCCUGUAGAGUUGUUAUUGAAGAAGACUGUUAGGAAACCUCCUACUGUUCGACUACCUCUUGGAAACAUAACCAACUAUAAAACACACCAUGUGAGGAAGAGACGUACUGUGGGGACAAAAGUAUUAAGAGACAAUGAGGUCGAUCAAUCUGUGGACCCAAAUUCUGCUAGUUCAUUGCUAAUGGAAAAACAGCAAGAAGAACAAAUAGAUAUUUAUCAACUGGAACCGCAAGACAAACAAUUUUCUGUUGAUGAAGCCCACCACGUUGCAUUACCUUCAAGUUCCUGGCAUGUGAGAAAACCCACUGCUGAUAGCUGUAAUUUUUUCGAAGUUGUGACUAAAGAUGUAACAACAGUAAUUGAAAAGGAUGUCAACAUUGAUUUUAAAAAUCAAAAAGUUUCCGUAACCUUUCACUCCCAAAAAGUUCCCAGUUUUGAGGGAUCUUGUACUCCAAGUACUUCAAAGGAUAUGGAAGAAUUAUUGCUUAGCAUACACAAAUCGAAAAUAUGUCCUGGCAUUAUGCACAACCCUAUUAAGCAUCCACAUCAAUCUACAGUAGUUCGUAAUGGAAAUCAGAUUUCUAAUGUUUGGAGAGCUAACAGCUGUAGGAUUUUGAUUGCCUCCAACGAAGAAACAAUGAAACCCUGUUCUAGUUGUAAAUUACUGGACUUUUCUUUAAGGAAACGAUUGAAACGCCAAAAAACUGUGAAAGACCAUACUAAACUGAAUCACUGCUACAUGAGUCUGAAACAACUAGCCAAGAAAGUGAGUCAGAAAGGAAAAAAUGAGUUGCAGUUAAAAAAAAGACUCGAGAAAAAGAACAUUCAAAUCAAAGAACUAAAAUUGAAGAUAAAGGAACUUCGCGUUGAAAUCGCAUCCAUUAAGAAUGAUAAACUUCAAUCUAUUCUUGACGACCUUGAUGAUAAGGUAUAAUUCGUGACUUUGUGUACACAUCAUCGGUAAACAACU